CGCAUCUCAUCUCGUCGCGCUUGGGCACGAGCGUACACAGCCGCCCGCCCAGCAAACAUCGAGAGUAGCCCGCCGUUCUCUGCUCUGCCCUGCCGCUAAAAGGUACGCGCGCGGGAUCUACCUCGCCCUCGCCCUCGCCCUGUCCAAGCACGCACUGCACUUCCGCAUCUCUCCAUCCUCCCUCGACCAACGCCAUCUCCCCCGUCCUCUCCAACCCACUCCACCAUUGCGGCGCUCGCUCACCACCGCUGCAGCACUCGAAUCCCCGACCUGGGCCUUCGUUAACCCGUCGCGCACAUGGCGGAAAUCCGUCGCAAGCUAGUCAUUGUUGGUGACGGUGCCUGUGGAAAGACUUGUCUGCUCAUCGUCUUCUCCAAAGGCACUUUCCCAGAGGUCUACGUCCCAACGGUCUUCGAGAACUACGUCGCCGAUGUUGAGGUGGACGGCAAACACGUUGAGCUAGCGCUAUGGGAUACGGCUGGUCAGGAAGAUUACGACCGACUGCGACCGCUUUCAUACCCAGACUCGCAUGUCAUUCUCAUCUGCUUCGCCAUCGACUCGCCCGACUCGCUUGACAACGUGCAAGAGAAGUGGAUCUCAGAAGUCCUCCACUUCUGCCAGGGCCUGCCUAUCAUCCUUGUUGGCUGCAAGAAGGAUCUCAGAUACGACCAGAAGACGAUUGAGGAGCUGCACAAGACGUCGCAAAAGCCGGUAACACCAGAGCAGGCUGAGGACGUCCGCAAGAAGAUUGGAGCACAGAAGUACCUUGAAUGCUCCGCCAAGACCAACGAAGGCGUCAGGGAGGUCUUCGAGCACGCCACGCGCGCUGCUCUGCUCACACGGAAGAAGAAGGAGAAGAAGUGCUCUAUCCUGUAAACUACUUCAACCCAUAACAUCAUACUUCGGCGAUUCACAAGCAACACCACCUGCGUCUUCCGCGUCUGACUGCUACCAUAACGACCCGCACGUAAAACUUCGAGAGCACCGGCAAUGCGAGCACACGAGCAAAUUAAACACAGCUAAUUGAAAGAAGAAGAAAAAGAUGAGUGGAAGAGUGAAGUUCAGAGAAGUCUCGACGCAGCGAUGCUUCUGCCGCGAUCAAGCUGCUACUUCUCCAGGAACGAAAGGAAGGGAGUAUGGGGCUGAUUGAGGGACGGCAGGAAGACAGGAUCAGGAUCUCCGGGCAUCGAUCAGCUGGCUGAGGCUGCUCUCUCCUUUUUUUUUGAUCACAACAUCAGUCGGUGGACAAGUGGUCCUUUGAGUAUGUGCUCCUUGUAGUGUCAUGUAACCAUGGCACAUCCUGUACCUGCUGGCGUUUAACUGGUUUCCCGAGGCAUAUCUCUGGUCUUCUCGUUACGACGUUUCAUCUCUCUCUUUCUUCUAAUUGCAUUUUGUGGAGGUGGGCUUCGUAGGCAGAUAGCAUGAGUGCGAAUACGAGCAUAUGUGAGUUUACG